CGGAGAAGAACGAUAGAAAUCACCUUCCAAAAAAGUGACAUUAGUCGAGAGAUCCAUCGCUGCUUACUCCUCUCGAGCUACAACCAUGGCCACUUCCUUCCCUUCUCCGACACCUCCGACCACCGGAGUCGUACCUAUCACCGGAAGAGGAGGAAAAUCACGUGUAACGAGCAGUAUUUCACGAGAUAACUCAGCAAAAGCUAUGGUCAGCGAUCAAAUCUCACAGGCGGUUCUCUCCACCUCAAAUCUCCUCCACAUCAUGCUUCAAUCGUCUCCAUCUCAGGACAAACUUGUAAAGCUUCCUAAAAACCUUUUGGCUAAAGUGCCUACAAUAAAGAACACUCAACAGGUCUUGGAGCAGAUGCCUUCGGUGAUUUCAUCGUUAGAUGAACACAUGGACCGUGGGUUGCAGAGUGUCCCUCAUCUUGAAACUGUAACACGGUUGCUAAGCAACAUAGAGAACAGCCAGCUCAAGCCCUUAACUGAUGCUCAACUCUUGAGAGAGGAAUCUAAACCAGAAACCAGUAGACAACCAGAGGCACAUCAUUUGACUGAAGACAUCUGAGGUAACAAACCACAUUUGUAGAUAACAUGAUUUUUGUGUUUGGUGUCAACAAAAUAUGCGAAAUCUUAAAAAUUUGAUAAUUUCGUGAUCUAAAUUGGUUUCCAUGUUUCCGAGUAUAUGGUCAAAGGAUAAAAUUAUUCGUGUUUGUAAAAAAAUGCACAUAGAUGUCUUUACCAUGUAGGAAAACAUUACUUACAUCCGGUUUCUAAUGUUUUUAGAUGUGAUGAAAUUUCCACAUCAA